AUUAAAGACAGCUAUUGUACUUGAGGUAUUUAAGCGAAAAUUUCUCAUCGAGACAUUAAUUCCACACACGACUUCCGGAUUCAUCAUGAAAUUCGUAUUGGUCUGCUUCCUCGCUGUGCUCGCGGUGGCCGCGGCGCGCCCACAGAUCAGUUUGGACGGCAUCAGCGCUGGGUCCGGCACCAAGGCAGGACAGCCGGAUACCGGAUUGGACAGCCCAUCCGGCAUCGCCCCAGCCUCUGACUCCGCGUUGUCGAACGGCAUCAGCGCUGGGUCCGGCACCAAGGCAGGACAGCCGGAUACCGGAUUGGACAGCCCAUCCGGCAUCGCCCCAGCCUCUGACUCCGCGUUGUCGAACGGCAUCAGCGCUGGGUCCGGCACCAAGGCAGGACAGCCGGAUACCGGAUUGGACAGCCCAUCCGGCAUCGCCCCAGCCUCUGACUCCGCGUUGUCGAACGGCAUCAGCGCUGGGUCCGGCACCAAGGCAGGACAGCCGGAUACCGGAUUGGACAGCCCAUCCGGCAUCGCCCCAGCCUCUGGCGCCGCGUUGUCGAACGGCAUCAGCGCUGGGUCCGGCACCAAGGCAGGACAGCCGGAUACCGGAUUGGACAGCCCAUCCGGCAUCGCCCCAGCCUCUGACUCCGCGUUGUCGAACGGCAUCAGCGCUGGGUCCGGCACCAAGGCAGGACAGCCGGAUACCGGAUUGGACAGCCCAUCCGGCAUCGCCCCAGCCUCUGACUCCGCGUUGUCGAACGGCAUCAGCGCUGGGUCCGGCACCAAGGCAGGACAGCCGGAUACCGGAUUGGACAGCCCAUCCGGCAUCGCCCCAGCCUCUGACUCCGCGUUGUCGAACGGCAUCAGCGCUGGGUCCGGCACCAAGGAAGGACAGCCGGAUACCGGAUUGGAUAGCCCAUCCGGCAUCGCCCCAGCCUCUGGCGCCGCGUUGUCGAACGGCAUCAGCGCUGGGUCCGGCACCAAGGAAGGACAGCCGGAUACCGGAUUGGACAGCCCAUCCGGCAUCGCCCCAGCAUUUGGCUCCUAUAUUGGCUGAUAAUGUAAUAUUGUGUGUUUAAUGUUUCUUUUUUUUGUUUUUCUCUUCUUUUAUUGUUCAUUUUCAUUUGUGUUUUCGUGUCAAAUAAAGGUUUUUCUAUUUCUA